UAUUGAAUUUGGGAAAGCGGAGGAUUGCGGCGAGCAUUUAUCUACCCUCUGUUUUUAUUGAAUUUGGGAAAGCGGAGGAUUGCGGCGAGCAUUUGUUUUCGAAUCCCAUCGCGCCUUUGCGUCUCACCAUCUUCUUCUUCUCGCAGCUCCCAAUUUGGGUUCUGAUAGCGGUUCCGUUCUUUCGCAAUCGACGAUGUUGCUUUGUGCUAGACUUUUAAAAGUCAUUUUUAAUUGCUAAAAAGUUGAUCUUGGGCCGUUUACUUGACCCCAUCGACAUUAAAUACGGUGCGGCGCAGCAUAAAGCAACAAGAUCAGCAACGGCAGCUUCAAUCAGUGAGCAGUUCGAGAAUCUCCUGCUUUCCCUACGCUCUAGUGUUUGCUUUGCCGGACGCCUUGUCCAGAAGAGAAAGGAAGGAGGAGCGACUAAGAAAGUUGUAAUCUUUGGAAAAGAAGGUGGUUUCCUCUUCGCCUAAAACCAUUCUCUAAACCCUGUUGCUGAAUCAUGGCGUCCCCUCUGGUGGCUCGGAAGGGUCGCGACCUGCAGCGUUAUGAGGAUCAUCUCCGGCUUGUUGCUGGAUGCAUUCCUUAUAAGAUAAAUGAAGAAGCAGAUAUUGAAUCUCAUGAUGUGAUUAACAAACUUGAAGUUCUCAUGAUCAGUUCACCUGGUCGGCAUGAUUUUGUGUUUCCAAAGGGUGGCUGGGAGAAAGAUGAGACUGCAAGCGAAGCAGCAUGCCGAGAGGCUCUCGAGGAAGCAGGAGUUAGGGGAAUACUACAGGAAAUUGAGCUUGGUCAAUGGGUAUUUAGAAGCAAGAGCAGUCAGGUCAGUUGCAGCCAGGAAGGAGGUUGUAAAGGUUACAUGUUUGCUCUCAAGGUAACAGAAGAACUCGACUACUGGCCUGAGCAACAAGUACAUGGCAGGAAGUGGGUGACUGUGGCGGAUGCCUAUAAACUUUGUCGAUAUGAUUGGAUGCGGGAAGCCCUCCACUUGUUUAAGCAGCGCCUCUAUAGCAGCACAGUAUUGUCGGUUCGCGGGCUAUAUGAGCCAGCAAAAUUCUGCUUCGUGAAGUCUACUGCGGCCGAGCAAGCCAUUGCCUUGUGCUGAUGGUUGCUUGCAACCCUCGAUCUGACUCUGAAGUUUCUUCAGCAGGCAAUCUCUGAACUCCGAGUGGUGAUUAAGUUGGGAAUGGUUCUUAUUGCAGCAUUCUGGCGUGCUCAAGUGCCUGUUCGAAUGUUGCUAAUGCUAACAAGCAGUUAGAUUGCUGGUAAAUAUGGUUUUGACUUCAUGGACUCAGUAACUAUGUUUUGUUUUAGUUGACAUCGAUCUUGUAGAUUUGUCAUGGCACAAGUUGAAUAAAAGGAAUGGCUAUAUUGUACUA